AUGCAUGGACUUGAACCACAGACGAUUGAAUCGUUGAAAUUGUUGCUGAAGAGGAAAACGCCCUUCGUUGUUGCUUUAAAUAAGAUUGAUCGAUUGUAUGGAUACGAAUCGAAUCCACGUAAGGACGUUUACCAACAUUUGAAAUCGCAACCACAAAAUACGCAGCUUGAAUUCAAAGAACGUUAUGAUAAGAUUGUUGGAGAAUUUGCUGAACAGGCUCUCAACGUCUGCUUGUCAAAUCAGAAUAAGAAUCUUGAUGAGUACAUCAGUAUGAUUCCCACGUCUGCCUACAUGGGAGACGGAAUUGGAAACCUGAUGGCUUACAUUGUGGGAACGGCACAGAAGUAUCAUGCCGAUAAACUGGCGUAUAGUGAGGAACUGGAUGCGACCGUCAUGGAAGUGAAAGCAAUUCCUGGACUGGGAACAACAAUUGAUGUGAUUCUUGUCAAUGGGCGCCUGAGAGUGGGCGACAUUAUUGUUGUCACGGGCACUGAAGGUGCAAUAAUGACACCUAUUCGAGAGCUAUUGAUGCCGCAGCCGCUUAGGGAACUUCGAGUCAAGAAUGAGUACGGGCAUUAUAAAGAGAUCCAAGGAGCACAGGGAGUCAAAGUUCUAGCAAAAGGUCUAGAAAAGUGCUUGGCAGGUCUUCCAUUGUUUGUAGCUCAUAAGGAAGAUGAAAUUGACUUCCUCAAAAACGAGGCUGAACUGCAACUAAGUCGAGCUCUCACGUCUAUCAAGAAGAAGCCAGAAGGAGUUUAUGUAGAAGCAAGUAUCCGGUAUGCAUGUAUUCUGGCAUUCGAUGUGAAGGUGGAACGAGAAGCCCAGUUGUUUGCUGAUCAUGAAAGAGUGAAGAUUUUCCAGGCGGAUAUUAUUUAUCAUUUGGAAGAUAACUUCCUCAAAUACAGAGAAGAACUGCGACUGAAAGCACGUAAAGAAAAUGAACACCUGGCAAUCUUCCCGUGCAAAUUGCGUAUUCUUCCACAACAUGUUUUCAAUGCCCGUAAUCCCAUUGUAUGUGGAGUAAAUGUUGACGCUGGUCAACUCAAGAGAGGAACUCCAAUUUGUGUGCCGAGCAAAGAAUGUAUUUUCCUUGGUGCUGUUGCAUCAAUAGAGAGGAAUCACGAGGAAGUACAAAUGGCCAAGGCAGGCGAUGAGGUGUGCAUUAAAAUCGAAAAUACUACUGGUGAGGCGCCAAAAUUGUACGGACGGCAUUUCCACCCGAAGACAUACUUGUUAAUUACUCGUGAAUCGAUUGAUGCUUGUAAGACGUACUUUCGAGAUGAUCUCAGUCGCAAUGAUUGGCAGUUAGUCGUAGAACUGAAAAAGCUUCUAGACAUAAUGUAA